CCGUUCCGAAAUUCUUGCUUUCACAUUUCAAUGAUUUUAUUCUUUCCAAUAUUUGACAAUACACAUUUGACAAUAAAGUUGAUUGAAUCUUCAUCCCGGUAACGUCUUGUUGUGUCGCUCAAGAUACAUAGAAAUAGACAAUCUGGGUUUGUUUUUAUCUUAAAGACUAAAACUUAUGAUAUCUGACAUGCGUGCGAAUAUCGUAUCAUAAAAAAUUUAUUGUAAAAAAGACUCACUAGGCACAGAGUUGGACCUUCGUCUAGUUUUCUGGCGUAAAUAUUGGUGACGAGUGACGAUAAUAAAAGUGCUGACGGAAUUUUAGCUUUAUUUACAGCACCUAGUACCAACUUUUGAGGUCUGAUACACUUGUGAUAUCGUAUUUUUAUUGCUGGAUAAAGUGGAUUGAAGGUUUGACAGAAAGUUGCGGUUUAGUAUUGAAUAGUAAUAGGCUUAUGGCUUAAAAGUAUAAAGACGAAAUAGAUUGCUAGAAGUGUCCUUUUUUUCUGACGUUUGACCCCUUAUUCCUUUAAACCGAUUCACCUGUGCCUUCCUCGAGCGAGGACUACCCCUUACUAAUUACCAGCAGAUCGAUAAUCAUCGAUGAGGGCCGUGCACGAGGCUUUCCGGAGCAGUUCAGGCUCGUCGGCGAGCGAGGGUAUAAAUCUCUUGGUGAAUAUAAAAAAGUUCAUAAUUUUUUGGUAACUAAAAAAGAUUGUGAAAUUUCUUCCUGCCAACUUUGCGAGUAAAAUGGAGAAAUAUGAAAAUAUUGAGAUAGUAGGCGAGGGAAGUUACGGACUUGUGAUGAAAUGCAAGCAUCGCGAAACCGGGCAAGUAGUGGCGAUAAAAAAAUUCUUGGCGACGGAAGAAGAUAUACAGAUUCGAAAAAUGGCGUUUCGUGAAAUAAGGAUGUUAAAGAAAUUACAUCACGAGAAUUUAGUGAACAUGAUCGAGGUGUUUCGACGAAGAAAACGGCUUUAUCUCGUGUUUGAAUAUCUUGAUCAUACCAUACUUGAUGAAUUGGAAGAAAAUAAUGGUCUUGACUGGGAGAGAUCAAGGCGAUAUAUUUUCCAAAUACUUCGUGGGUUGGACUUCUGUCAUAAUCAUAAAAUCAUGCAUCGUGAUGUAAAGCCCGAGAAUGUGCUCGUAUCACCGAAUGGCGUGAUUAAGCUUUGCGACUUUGGUUUCGCACGGUACAUCACCAACGAGUCCUGUACCGAUUACGUGGCGACGAGAUGGUAUCGCGCGCCAGAACUUCUCAUCGGUGAUUCCAAGUACGGUAGAGAGAUCGACGUCUGGGCGGCCGGGUGCAUCUAUGCCGAGAUGGUCACCGGCCAGCCUCUCUUUCCCGGCGACAGUGACAUCGACCAGCUGUAUCGCAUCAUAAAGAUCCUCGGUCCUCUUUACAAAUCGACGAAUGGUAGUGACAAACGUAUACUCCGGCACACAAAACCUGAUGAGACUGUUGGUUUAACACGACCCACGAGUCUUCGAAAUCUCUUUCCAACAUGGAGCUCGGCGGCGAUCGAUUUUUUGACACAGUGUCUUCGUACAGAUCCUACUGUCAGACCGAAGUGCCUUACGUUGCUGCAGCAUCCUUUCUUUUCGCAGGAUAAUUUUGCUGACAGGUUUCUCAGCGAGUUGCAGCAACUUGUCGCCAAAGAAUCCGCGACAAAUUUGCUCGGAAACAAGAGGGCGGAAUCGUCUUCCAGGAUCUGUCAUAGCAGCAUCGGAAGAUGGCAAAUGACGUUGAUCAAAGAGAGACGGAAUAACAAUACGGAAUCUGAAGCUAUGGAAAGCGAAAAUUCGCCAGAAGAUCGUCGUGUUAAUACGAAUGCCGCGAGUAAGCUGCAAAUAAAUCGACCGCGCGAAUUGCGUUACUUCGGACCCGUCUCGGUAAUACCAAACAUCACAUAUAUUCGACGGCUGGAGCACAAAGGGCUUCUGAUUCCUGAAUCGAAGGGCAGUGUAUUGCCAGCUCUGACAUCGAAAACGAACGCCAAGAGGAAAAAGCUUGAUCUGCUUGGAGUGAAAAAUCGUUGAUCAUGCUCAAUAAAGAGCACGUUUCUUUUUUGCAAUGCAAUAUUACUAAGCGAGGAAUGAGAGAGAAAGCUGUAUAGAGAAAUUCAUUAUGCGCGAGAUGUGGAGCGUGUACAUAUCUUAUACUUUACAUCUCUGUAAAUGGACAAAUGUAAAAUGUUAAAUGUCGAUAGUAUGUUUGUAAGAUGCGAUUUAUUCGCUGUAAGAAAGAGAAUAAACACUGAGAAGAUUUCCUUUUAUUUUAUACUAAAUAUA